UGCUUCCAUCACAGUUAUUUUCCCCUUUCAUUUUCCUCUUCACUUGUUAUCUUCAACAAAACAAAACCCAAUAGUACUAAGUUCUUGUCUGCAAACAACCAUGAACACCACUACCACUAGCAGCACAAAUUCAGUGAUUAAUUCUCUACAACAAAAGACACCAACAAAAAUAACCAAAUCUAUAAAGAAAAACAGCAAACCCAUCAAGGUAGUUUAUAUUUCCAACCCUAUGAAGGUUAAGACCAGUGCCUCUGACUUUAUGGCACUGGUCCAAGAACUCACGGGUCAAUACGCUGAAUCACCGCCGGAUCCUUCGAAAUUUCAGGAGUUCGUCAGCGAUAACAGCGUCACUGACCCUGAGAAUAUUAGAAUGGGUUGUGAUGAAAAUGAUUUCACGGUUGUGGCUGUGCCUCCUCUUGCGGAUUCUGAUGAACAAGUGGUGAAACCUGGUGGAGAAUGCUCAUAUGAGGGUUUUGAUGAAGAUGUACUUUUGACUCCUCAGAUGGUGGAGAAUAUUUGGGAUCUGCUUCCAACAACUGCAUUUUAUGAACCUUUUCAAUUUGAUAGCUAUUGAUUCUGUUGCAGUGUAAUUAUAUAUAUUAUUUGGUAAGGUCAAGAUAGCUUAUAUAUAUUCUCUUAAAACUUAUAUAUAUUUAAUAAAUUUAGACAAGUGUCAUUUUAUUGCUUUA